AUGUCUUUAGUUUAUGCGUUUAAUACACAAAAUAAUUUAUGGAAUAUUCAAAACAUAACCGGUGAAAAUCCUAUUAGAAAAGAUAACCUAAAAGGCAUCAUGGGGAAAAUCUUGAAAUGGGAAAAAGGAAGUACGGCUAAUGCACCAUCCUCAAUGGGGGCAAUUCUCUUCUCAAAUCAGUUAAUUGUUUAUCUUGGUGGCUAUUACGCCACAUCUGAUAAUGAUGGUAUGUCUUUGUCAUUAAGUCAGAUUUACUAUUAUGACACGGUUCAUGAUUCUUGGAUUACAAGAAACUUUAAAUUAACUAAUCUCAAUAAAAGGAUUGGAUGGGCAACGAAUAAUAAUUUUCGGAGGGUUAAUAAUCUUAAUAACCUCAAACCUCAGGAUGCUCUUUAUGUAUUGUAUUAG